UUAAAAACACUAUACAUACACAUGAAGUUAUAAAUCACAUCCUCUGUUUCUCUCUCUACUAUCUGUCUCUACUUUCUCUCUCUAGAUUUUUGCAAGUCUGAAGCAUUUCUUUCGCUUGCUGCAAUUUUUAGUUGAAAAUCUUCAAGUGGAACUAUGGAACGAGAUUUCAUGGGUUUGAAUUCGAAAGAUUCGGUGGUGGUGGUGAAAGAAGAAGCUGUUGAAGUUUGUAAGGAAUCAGUGUUUUCAAAGAGCUCUGCAGUCAACUGGCCUCUAUCAGGGGGUGCAGAUGUUAACCGUCAAGCUGGUGAAGUUCAGAGUCCAUUUUCUGUGCAAAUGAUCAGUGAUGCUAAGCACGCGGUUCCUAUUUCCGUGAGCCACCCUUUCUACAGGGCUCAGUUUGGUGGUGCACCCAUUAAGCAACAUGGUGUUUCGGUUCCAUCUAUUGGCUCCUUUCUUGCUGGAACCACCGAGCCAUGGUUUAAUUCCAAGCCUUCAUGUGCUCCUGCUCAGCUAACCAUCUUUUAUGGUGGAAUGGUGAACGUGUACGAUGAUAUCUCCCCUGAGAAGGCUCAAGCUAUCAUGUUCUUGGCGGGAAAUGGUGCCUCUGCAAGCACACCACAGCCAAGGGUUCAAGCUGCGGUUCCCAUUCCAAGAACACCUGUAGGAGAUGUGGUUUACAUGGCCCAACCAAUUAAUGCGCAACCCUGCUCAGCCCUCUCGAGCCCGAUGUCUGUGUCGUCACACCCUGUGGGACCCACUAACAAAGAUGAAGGUGCUAAAACAGUUAAAGGCUCCGUGGGUCCUUCUAGCAAAGUGGAUACUCCGAGAGUUAUCAACUCACUUGAACAAGUGAUGCAAUCUGCUGUUCCCCAAGCGCGCAAAGCAUCUUUGGCUCGGUUCCUUGAGAAGCGCAAGGAAAGAGUGAUGGCUUCGUCUCCAUACAAUGUGAGCAAGGACUCACUUGCCAAUGGCGGAGCAAGCGGCAUGAAUGCUGUAGCAGCAGCUGAGAAUUAGUGGAAUCAAGUAAGAAUGUUAUAAGUUGUGUAAGUUAUUAGGUUUCAAAUUCAGUCAAUAGUCAACUGGGUUGUUAUUUUAAACCACAUUGAUGUAUACAUAGUGGUUCAGUUCUUUGUUAAGGUUUAAAUGUUAAAGACUGGGAUAUGAGUAUUUUGAAGUGUUGAAUGUUUUAUGUUUGCGUGUUUUGUUUAA